AUGUCUUUUAAUCAAUUAUUACCUCCCACACUAAAACCUAGAUCCUACAGUGCUACCAAUUCUAAGAAUGCUACACCUACUUCCAAUACACCACUUUCACCUGUCAUUACCAUUGAAAAUGAUUCAUCAUCAUUACCUUCAUCAUCAUCACAAGCAAUGAAUCAACAACAUCAAUCUAAUACUACCACUACCACUACUACUACUCAACAACAACAACAACCAACUAGUGCACGUACAGGUCAUCGUCGAUUACCCAGUUCCUUCCUAUUACCUUCUACAGCAGCAGGAGUAGGAGGUGCAACUUCAUCAUCUUCACUUGCUAUUUCUCCACUAACAGGUGCAAGUGCAAGUGUAUCAUCAUCAUCAUCAUCAUUGAAUAAUAACAAUUUAUUAAUGUCCAGUGGAACACCACAAUCACCCUCUCCUAAUACUACCUCCAUGAUGAUGAUGUAUCACUUUAAUACCUCAUCCAAUUCUCUACUAGUUGGUACACCAGGUAGUACAACAACAAGAACAAGAACACCCAACAGUCCUCCAACCAACAACAGCAACAAUAAUAAUUCAACAGCAUCACUAUUAAUUCAUCAAGGUAAUAGUAGUAAUGUUGCAGGUGUUGCAGGUCAACAACAACAACAACAACAACAACAACAUCAUCACUUUGUUCCUCCACUCAUUCCACCAGUCUCUUUCAAUGCACUAUUCAAUAAUAAUAAUAACAACAACAACUCGACGGAAGAAAAUAACAAAAUGAUGAAUGCUGGUGGAUCAUCAUCAAUAAUUGGUCCACAACAGAGUGGUGGAAUGACAACAUCAUCAAGUAGUGGAAAUUUACUUUCCAAUUCAGCAGGUAAUUCAUCAUUUCAAAAUCCAAUUUCACACAAUGUUGAAUACUAUCAUGCUCAUAUGGCCAUGUUUAUAAAGAAAAAGUUUGAGGAAGAGGAGGAAUAUCUAAUGUAUUCAUAUCCGAAUGAAAUAUCAUCUCCCAAUAUACAUAUUAGAUCAUUAAAGGAAUUGAGAGGUACAUUACACUCUGUAUUUGGUGAAUGUAAUGAUAUAUUGAAUGAACAAGUUAGAUUUUGUUAUUUAACACCAACUGGAAAGAGUGUUUCAUCAUCGUGGUGGAAUGUUCAUUCUAAUACUACUAAUACUACUAAUACUAAUAGUGGCACAAAUCAUAAUCCAUUAUCAUCUGCAUCCUCUUCUCAUCAACAUCAACAUAUUCAUCAGGGUUCCAUUGAUAGCAUUUCAAGUCCAAAUCAAUCGACACCACUUCCAUCAUCUGUAAAUUCAGCAACUUCUGCACUUCCUAAUACUGAUACCAUUAAUUCGACAAGUUCAAUUCAUCAUCAUCAUCAAUCCAUUCCAUCCAAUAUAUCAUCAUCCAAUAAUCCUACUAUUACUACUACAAUUGGUGUUAAUGAUACAAUUUCACAAAAACCAUCUCUAUUAGAAUUUUUACAAGAAAGUAAAAAGAUUGAAAAUGCAACAGAAUUAUCAAAUGUUAUUCAAUUGAGAGAAACUAUUGAAAAGAAUAAGAGACCACUUAUUGUAACAUACAAAAUAUUGAAACAGUAUAUAUUUUUAUUAUAUUUACCAAUUCCAACUGAUUACAAUUAUGGAAAUGUAAUGAAAUCAGUUUAUGAACAAUAUGUAAAUGAAUUAUUUGAAUUUUUAGAUUUUAUUUAUCAAGAUGUUGAAGAAAUUAUUACAAAUAUUUCAGAUUAUCAAAGUCAAUUAGAUACAAUAUUUAAUAGAUUUUUUGAAAUGGUAUUUCAUGAUAGAGAUUUUAGUUUUGUAAAUAGUUUUCAAGAUGGUUUUGUUAAAUUUCAACCUUCUUUUCAUAUUUCUCAAACUAUUGAUGCUGAAUUAUCAAAUUUAGAAACAAUUAUGAAAGAAGAUUGUUUUAAUAUUGGAACUUGUUUAAUUUAUAAGGGUUUAUUACAAUUAUCUCAUUUACCUAAAAAUAUUACAAAACAAGUAAUUAGAUAUUUAACACAUUUUAAUAUUAUUCAUAGAGCUCAAGAUUCACCUGAAAUGGUUAUUAUUGAAAAGGUUUUUAUUAAGGAAAAUUCAAAUCCUUUCGAUUUAUUAACAAUUAAUGAAACAUCAGGUGAUAAUGGUUAUGAUUAUUUAUUAUCUGUUAUUACUCAAGGUGAAAAAGUAAUGUGUAGUGUUUUAUAUGCAAAGAGAUAUCCACAAUCUUAUUAUGAAGGUGAUUUAUAUUAUGUUGAUGAAAUGAGAACUUGUUUAUUACAAUUAGAAAAGAAGGGAAUUUUUAGUCAACUUAGAGGUCAAUUUAAAACUUCACAUUCUUUAGCUAAUGUUUUUUCAAUUCCAACUGUUUCUGUAACUGCAAAUACAGAAUCAUCAAGAGAUAGUACAAGUGGUCUAGUUGGCUUAGGAAGUUUUACUUCAAAUAGUUUUUAUGGAUUUGGACUAACAAAUGAUCAUACAAGUCCAACAAGUUCUAAUACUUCUAGUUCUUCUAGUAGUAAUUCGAGUAAUGAAACAAUUAUUGGAUCUAACAUGAAACAUUUCGUCACACAAGGACCUUACAAUGUCUUGUUAGGUUAUGUUGUCCAUUCAAAUUCGAAUGGUGUAAUUUUAUAUCAUAAUAGCAGUAAUCCAGCUAUUGCAUCAGUUUUUUCUCUGAAAUGUCAAGUUGUUAGACAAGUAUUACAAAGUAAGAGAUCAAUGAGUGAUGACCCUAUCGUAGAAUUUGGUAUUCACAUUGAUCAGAAGGUGCCACUUCCAAACAAUACUAUUGGACAUAUUGGAUAUUGGAUUUGUGGUAGAAUGAAUGAUAUGCUGGAUGAAUUUUAUGUUUGUUAUGAAGAUUCUAUUCCUCAAGAUGUUGUGGAAUUAUCUUAUAGAUUGUACAGUAGACUUUACAUUUAA